GUAUCUCUAGAUUCAGCCAUACACAAAGUUUCCUUCACUGUUAUCCACUAGAACCUGGUAGAUACCAAAACUAAUCUAACACACGUCGUUCAACACUCACGCCCUAGCUUACAAGCAGCAGUAUUAAGUGUUCUUCUGUUUCCAUUUUUAGUGCAAAGUGCUAAGUUGUUUACACGACAGGUGACAUUAGCUACUUUGAGGCGCAACAUAUUCGUUAAAAACUUUACUGUUUCACCCUAUUCCUUAAAUAACGUACCAAAGGUACAACAUUCGAAGUUACACACUGCUAACAACAAAAUUAGCCACCUUCAACAAGACAUUUGAACAAUAUGAGAAGGAUCAUAGUAAUCCUAAAAAAGUACCUGCGUUUUAUCGGACCAGGUCUCAUGGUUUCGGUGGCAUAUAUGGAUCCCGGUAACUACUCGACUGCAGUGGCAGCAGGCUCAGUAUAUCAGUAUAAGCUUUUGUUUCUGAUACUUCUUCUGAAUUGUUUGGCUAUAUUCCUCCAGAUUCUUCUGGCACGACUUGGUUGUGUGACCGGUCUUGAUCUUGCCACCAACUGCCGCAUCCACUUGAACCACCGUAUCAACAUGUUAGUGUAUGUGAUGGCUGAAAUCGCCAUUAUUGCUACUGAUUUGGCCGAAGUGGUGGGGACGGCCAUUGCUCUCAACAUCUUGUUCAACUUACCACUUGUGGUGGGUGUACUUAUCACCAUUAUAGAUGUGUUGGUGGUGUUGAUGGCCUACCGCCCAAACGGCCCCCUUCUUUUCGUAAGAAUCUUUGAGAUGUUUGUCUCAGUUCUUGUGACUGCUACUGUGAUAUGCUUCGGUAUCGAAUUAUACCAGGUGAGCCAUGAUAAAAGUAUUGAUUUUGACCUUGGAGAUGUGUUCAAAGGGUUUUUACCCAACGAGAAGGUGAUCGAUUUGAGUGAUAGAGAGGGAGGAAACGGAUUGUUUUUGAGUUUAGCCAUCUUGGGAGCAACCGUGAUGCCUCAUUCAUUGUACUUGGGAUCAGGCCUUGUUCAAUCCCGUCUUAAAGACUACGACAAUAGAAAUGGGUACACUAUACCAUCGUCAGAGGGUGAGGUUUCAGAUGAGGACCACUACAGACCUUCCAUCCAUGCUAUCAAUGAUACCAUGUCAUACACAAUUGUGGAACUUGUGAUUUCCUUGUUCACGGUGGCAUUGUUUGUCAACUCUGCCAUUUUGAUAGUGGCUGGAGCCACUUUGAAGAAGAAAGAUGAUAAGAGAGAUGAUGAACAUGAACAUGAUGGAAACGAGUCAGAUGACGAAGAUGAACAUUACGAGAAUGCUGAUUUGUUUACAAUCUACAAGCUUCUCUCAACCCACUUGUCUAAGACAGCAGGUGUAGUGUUUGCAUUGGCUUUAUUGUUCAGUGGUCAAAGUGCUGGUAUUGUAUGUACUCUUGCUGGUCAAAUGGUUUCUGAAGGGUUCUUGAGUUGGACAAUGCCUCCAGUGGCCAGAAGAUUAAUUACUAGAGCCUUGGCCAUCUUACCAUGCUUUAUGGUGGUGUUGAUGACUGGAAGAGAAGGUUUGGCCAAUGUUCUUAACUUGAGUCAGGUGGUGUUAUCUUUGCUAUUACCAUUUGUAACUGCACCAUUGAUUAUGUUCACUUGCUCCAAAGAGAUCAUGAGAGUGCCUAUAACUGCAGCUUAUGAAGAAGAACCACUUCAAAUCAGCUCCAGCACCCAAGAAAAUGAGAGUUUGAUACAACAUACGAAUGACUUACGAUCCAUAAACCACCCCGAGUAUGCGGCUGGCAUUCCAACAAAUCGUAAAGACCCGUACGACAAUAAAGUAGUGGGAUACAAGGAUUUGAGCAAUGGCCCUUUGACGACUGUCGGAGCUAUCUUAGUAUGGGGCUUCAUAACUGCUCUUAACUUGUUUUUAAUCGGAAGUUUGGUUUUGGGAUACGACGUGCCCUUUUAAGUUAGUUUGAUUCUUAUAGCAUUUUUUCACGAGAAUAAUGAAUAGAUUUUUUGUACAAAAAAG